AAUGAAGCACAUUCUUGUAUUGGCUUUGAUCGCAUUCACAUAUGCUACAACCUUAACAGAAAUUUCAGAAAGACUUUCUUAAUAUGGAGAUCAUCCCUUUGGAAAGUCUAUGGUCAAUUUGGUUACAGUUAAUAUGAAAACUGGUGGUUCCCUUAAUGAAUUGAAAUAACUCUUAUAAUAAAUUAAAGAUGAAUUGAUUGCUCUAACUUAAUUACAAGAUUCAGAAAAUGGCACUUUCACUCGUAGAAGUCAAGUUGAUUUGGCUAAAUUAUAAGCUACACUUGAAUAAGCAUAAGCUGAUUUAGACAAUCAAAGAUAAGAAUAAUCAAGUUUAAGCAACGAAUUAGCUACUCUUUAAACUAGAGUAAAAGAGGGUAUAAAUAUUAUUAUUAUAUUUGCAGAUUAAGCCGCUUUGGAUAGAAACAGUAGAGGAAGUGGUGAUGCUCAAUCUAGACUUGAUGCUGAAAAUGCUGAUUUUGCUACAAAAUAUUCUGAUUAUAAUGAUGCCAUCUUAGCUUGUAAGGAAGCAUAAAGAUUAUUAAUGAACUUAAGAGGUGAAGGAGCAUCUUUAAUUUAACUUACGUAUAUCAUUUUUAAUUAUAAAUUUAGUUAAGAUACUAAAAGUAAUCUUAUUUAAACCAAAGAGAAUUUCUAAAAGAUCAAAGAAAUAUUGGAAGCUCAUACAAAAAAGAGUUCUUUAACACUUUUUUAACCAAUCAUUGAAGGACUAGCUGAAAUGACAACAAAAGUUAAUCCAGAAACUUUGAACAAUGUUCUUAGUUUAGUAGCUCGUUUGAUUACAGCACUUUAAGAAGGUUAAGAUUAAUUAGAGUCUAAUCAUAAAACUCAAGUAAAUAUAUUUAAUUAAUAUUUAAUAGGUUGAAAAUUUAACAAGAUUGGGUGAUGAUUUAAGAAAUGAAAAAUAAACUUUAUAGGUUUCUUUGGCUACUGCUAAUAAUAGACUUAAAGAAAUUUAAUCAAGAUUAAAUGAAUUAGAUGGAUUAAUUAAUAUUUCAAAUGCUUUGGUUGAGGUUACAUAAUUAAACAUUUAAGAUGCCAUUAAGAUUAAUGAAUUAGAAGAUGCAGAAUACAGUAAUUAAAAAGUUAGCAGGUAUAUAAUAUUAUACUAUUUUUAAUAGAUAAACUGAAAUCGAUAUAGUUGAUAGAUUAAUUGAAUACAUCAAUUAAAAAUUAUCAGAGUGAUU